UCAUUUUUAUACUCCAUUUUUAUUAAUCUGAAACAAAAAUGGCAUCAAAUCCCUCUGCCGUCGAUCAACAAUCCUCCUCCACCUCGGCCUUGGGCGCUCUAUUUUCCCGCAUCUCACAGACGAUCAACUCCGGCCUCUCGGACCGCCGUCCUUGGUCGGAGCUCGCUGAUCGGACGGGCUUCGCGAAGCCGGAAUCCUUCAGCGAUGCAAACCAUCGCCUCCACAAAAACUACGGCUAUUUCCGCACCAACUACCUCAUGAUCGUGACCACCGUGCUAGCGAUAUCUCUCCUGACGAAUCCUCUGUCUCUCCUCCUCCUCUCUGCCCUCCUCGCCGCCUGGCUCUUCCUCUAUAUCUUCCGCCAACCAUCGGAUCCUCCCAUCGCCCUUUUCGGCCGCCAAUUCUCCGAUCGCACGGUGCUCUUCGCCCUCAUAUUGUGCACCGUUGUUGUUCUCUUCCUCACCAGCGUCGGAUACGUGCUCGUCUCCGCGCUCAUGGUCGGUCUCAGCGUUGUUCUCCUGCAUGGUGCUUUCCGUGUUCCGGAGGAUCUGUUCCUCGACGAAGCGGACCCCAUCGUCAGGGUGCCCAGCCUACUCUCCUUCCUCGCCGGUGGCGCCGCUCCCGCUCCUCAGCCACCCAUCGCCUCUAGGGCUUGAGAAUUAAAUUGGUUUAUUUUGUUCUCACAUUUUACUGGCUACUGUAAAUGUUUAUGCAUUUCCAUUAUUAUCAUCAAAGGAAAUUUAUUUGUUUUUUAAUUUACUUUCUAGAUUCAUCUAUAUAUGUUAUGAAUUGCAUGGG